CUCGCUGUUAUAUCUGUGGCUUUCCAACUUACCGAAGCGUGUAUCAAACUUUACACGUUUUGGGAGACAGUCGAAGAUGCUCCCCGGGAGAUUAUUGCCAUCAAGGAAGAUCUACGCUUCCUCAUUUCAGUCUUCAAAAGAGUCGAAUCCCAUGGCAACACCCUUGAUAGCUGUUUAGCAGAAGGUGUACAGCAUUGCCGGGCCAAGAUUACAGUAAGCGCCGCUUCUAGAUCCGUUCGGAAAAGUCCACUUCGUCUGUCCGGGAUCGAAGACGCGUCUAGCUGGACAGCAGUGCAAAGUGUCCCUUCAAAAUUCGGUGGCCAGCGUUCCCUCCGCUACAUGAAGUCUUCGUCCACAGCGAACGAACUACAACCUUCAGGUAGAAUGCCAACGGAGCGCCGCUCGAUCGAUUAUGAGGUACAGGAGCUAAUGCUACACGCCAUCGCACAAACCGCGGUCACCACCUUCGAACCGACAUCGAUGGAGAUCUAUUCACAAGACGGCUACAUGAUCGACGAAUGUGGACAGCUACGUACCAAGACUUUUGUAUACGCCGAGAACCUGCGGUAUCGCGUAAAUCAUCAUAUCUCAACCUUCCGCACUGCACUCGGGUGUGCUUGGCUACGCACAACGACCAUUCACCACAGCAACCGGUCUUCCGAGGGAUGCAGGAAAUCCCAGAUCAUCAGAUCGUUGAUCUUGUAUCCUACAAGAUGGCAACAGUAUAUGGGCAUCCAGAGUGGCCUCGAAGCUGUCGUAGCUUCCGGGGGCCGGAGCUGGCUCUUCAACUGUAACAUAACAGUAACCCGUCCUGUUUCCGAUGAUUCACUCAUCUUCGAGCUCUGUCGCACUGGUCAGACCCGUGCAGUCGAAGCACUUUUGGAGAAAGGAAUGGCAAGCGUAGUAGAUACGGGCCCCAAAGGAUGGAAGCCGCUGCACUUUGCCGCCGCAGCUGGUCACGUCGAGCUCUGCGAUUUGCUGAUCAAGGGAGGCGCAGACAAGUCUGCACUAGUGUACGAAGGACCCUCUGACGCGAUCUUCAUCGCCAUGCUCAGACUCUUCUGUGACUGCAUUGACAUAGCCGGCGCUGACAGUGACGGUUGGUCUGUUCACGACUGGCUCAAGAGGGCAUAUGCAAGGGAACGAGUUCCAAUGUCGCGAAACAGUAUUACGUGGCUACUUCACAUUACCAUGAAUGAGGAGUACGUAGAAUUUGGCGCGCGCAAUAUGUGGUCCGCCCUGCAACAUGCGAUGAGAUCUGUUCUCAACCAUGCACGUCACAACAACUACCUCCAGCAAAUUCUAGGUCUUUCUAACCAAGAGCGUUCAGAGGUCAGCAAGAGACACCUGGACGCUAUAGGCUCUUGGCUUACUCUACGUGUAAGCGGUCGAGUAGUCCUGCCAAUGGCAGUGAACGCCGGCUCGUUCCUGCAGAUGAAGGGCUUUGAUUGGAUGGAGGAUAACCUCACACACAAGCAAUUCCUCCAAGCACUGCCGAGUAUCUACUCAGCUUGGUGUAACGUAGUAUUGGACUGCAUUGAGCAAUUGGAAGCGUAUAUACGAGAAGAGCUCGAUGGCUAUCUAUGCCAACUUGGCAUGACGCGACGGACCUUCGUCCGUGUGCUGACUCAGACCAAGCGUAUCCCGCACGGCGCAGGUGUUGGAAAGCUAUCAAGGACUGCAUGCACACACUGCAAAGACGAAUAUGGUCCGUUUGCUUGCGGACUGGUCGAACCUGCGCGCAUAGCCGUCACAGAAUGCGUCAAAUCCGGCCACAACUCGAACUGCGUCUGCGACAAUAUCCAAAAAGGUUCGACGAUGUUGGAAGAACCUUCGGAGUAUACCGGGAUGCUUCAAACGGACGACAAAGACGAUGAUACGCAUUCGGAUGACGAGUUCUUCGACGCCCAGCCGCACGUUUUUCAUGAUACCGAUCUUCAAACCAGUCCCACAUCGAACAUGUUCACCGACAUAGCGACUUUGCUUUACAGCGCUCAAGGCCGGAUCUGGCUCGGUGAACACUCAAUCGGAGAGCGUCUAUGCUCGACCUGCCUCCUACUCAAGGAGAAGUACAUUGGCGAAGAUGGUCUGUCUGCUGACUUUCCACCAAUGCCGAGAAGCUUCGAAGGCCUGCGCGUGAAGUGGUGA